AUGACCACAAGAGAAGUUAAAUUAAAAAUAAAUGUAGAUGAGACAAUAAAAGACCUCCAGUCUAGCAAAACUAUAAAUAGCAUGUUCAAAGGUGCUGAUUUUAAUUACGAAGCAAGCCAGCUGAUUAUAAUAGAGAAAAUAUUUGAAAAUAUAGAAAUAGAAAAUGCUCAGCAUGAUGGCAAUAAAGAAAAUAGCCAGUAUAGUAAAAAAGAAAAAGAAACUGUCUUGGAGAUAAUCAAGAAAAAAGUCUGCAAAUACUUUAUGUAUCAAGAGGCUAAAAACGCAAAAAGUAUACAUAAUAUGCAAAAAGAACUGAAGGCUAGAAAUACCGAUGGCAUUCGAAACGAAUGCAUUAAUCUAAUUAAUAAAAUCGCUGAGAAAAAUCUAUUUAUAUACAGCCCAGAGCAUGGAAUAGACAUGCAGAUAGAUAGGCACAAGAAGAAAGAGAAAAUAAACAUACCUAAUAGCGCCACCAGCAUAGGCACUAGAACGUGCACACUGCAGAUAGACGACACAAAGUUUUCAAACCUAGAAAGCUUACUUGAGUACUUUGAAGAGAGCAUAUAUAGAGAAUUUCUUUAUGAUAAUGUAUUUAACACUUUUGGGCAGGAAAGCAUAGAUAUUUUGAGGAGCUUUUUGCCAAUAGAAGAAUACCACACUCUUAAUGAGUUAUACACUGAAAAGUACGAGAAAACGGAUGUGCUAUUGAUAGACUAUACAUUGGCUCUUAUUAAGAAAAAAUACUACAAAAUCAAAGAAUUAGCAGAGAAAAUCAAGAAAGAGAAGGCCAAUCCCGAUAGUGAGUUGUAUAGUGCCAUUGAAACAGAAAUUAAAAACACGUUCAGAGACGAAGAGUUAAAGGCUCUCUUUUCCUUUAAAAAGCAUAUAGAAACAAUUGACUAUGAAGAAGUAAUACAAAAAUACAUGAUUGAACUAAUAGACUAUAUAGCACAUAGUACUGACUCCCUGGGAAAGUCAGGCGAGCCGAAGGUGCUGAAGAUAAAAGCAGACUUAAGCAACUUUAGUGAAGACUACAUAACUGGCAAAAGAUUAAAAGAGCUAGUGCGUCAAAAAAAAGACACGUUAGUAAAUAUAAAGAGAAUGAUAAAUACUUCUCUUAGUAAAAAAGAGACAGAUUUGAGAAAGUUGAAAAGAAUAAGUGAACAUGAUUCAAAAACACAAGAAGAGAAGAAUAAAAAGAUGGAAAAUCUAAAUCGAGAAAUCAAUUCUCUAGAAAAUGAUUUUGAGCUAGUACAAUGGGAAAUACAAAGAGAAAAGAGCCACUAUAAUAAAACUCAGGAAAUUCUAUAUGUAAUAGAAAAGUUAUCUAAAAUGACUCCAUUUCAGAAAAAAUACUUAAUCAAGAAGUUGGAAGAGUGUCUAAGCGCGCUAAACAUAAAAAUAGAAGUAACAGAAGAUAGUACCAAUGAUAUAGAAAAAAAGAAAGAAUCUGUUAGUAAUCCAGUGUUAGAGGUACUAGAGAAAGAAAAAGAUAACGAAAUAGAAAAAAAGGAAGAUGAUGACACUAUAAAAACUAAAAUAAUAGAAGUAAUCGAAGUAAUCGAAGAAGAUAGUGUAGAAGAAAGGAAGCCAGAGAAUGAUGACUGCAUAGAACUGAAGGAGAUAAAAGAAGUAGAGGAAAAAGAGGACAGAAUAGAAGAAAGGAAAGAUGAUGCUAUUAUAGUACCCAAAGUGAUAAAAGAAGCAGAGAAAGAAAACCCCAUGCAACAAAAUUCACCCAGAGUGGUAUAG